AUGCCACAGCCAGAGCCCAGGGUGCGUGCCUUCGAAACAGUCAUAGGCUUGCGGGAGACCGCCUUUUCUGAAGGCGGCAUUCGAGGUUUGCGCAAGCAUGUCCAACUCCCUGGUGGUGCUCGAAAAGCUCCACUUUCCAGAUCUCCCACCGGAGACGCCAACGUCGUUGGUCCUCCCACCGCGGCCCCAGCCACGGGGGCCCUGCUGGACCAACGCUUCAGGGAGCACCAUGGAAAAUUUGGCCCCGCUUUAGCGGCACUCAAUGAUUUUCUGGACUGGUUCCGUCUUCACUACGACACGGACUUGCACAGUGAUACAUACAGUAUGCUGCAAGACACCAUGCUCCUGCUCCAGUCUUGUCAGACGCUCAUCGAGCUUGCCAGAGACGAACCUGCUCCAGCACCGGUGCCUACUGCUUUGGCUGCUGGCCCUGCCCGUCGUGAAGCUGCAGCUCCACCUUCUGACCCGAACCAGCCUUGCAUGGUUCUUUUGCCGAACGAAUACUGA